GUACUUUAUGAUCUGUUUCAACAGUCCAUGUCUGUACUAGAUAAUCUCUCAUGUGAAAAAGAGCAGAGAAAAGUGUUGGAGGUUUGAGGAAGUGAAGGAACACUCGCUAUAAGAAGCCUUGCUCUCCACAGUGAGCAGUAGUUUGAGCUAUCAGACAGACAGACCGACAGACAGACAGUAGAUAUGGUUCCUUCUCCGUCAUGCAGAGAUACUUCAAUCAAUGACGAAUGUUACAAACCGACCUCCUCUGAUCAUGGAAGAACAGAGUUAGUAGCUGGAGAUUGUAUUUCUCUAUCAUGCGGGGCUCUGAGUGACUGUUCCAAUAUUACCUGGUUGUUCAGUUACAACAAUACAAUGACUGUAGAAUUGGUUGACAAAGGGAAGGUUAGGUCUGAAUACAAGGAAGAAAGAGUAUGCAUCACAAAGGAGUGUUCUCUGGAGGUAAAGAAGAUGCGAAAGGAAGAUGAAGGUCCUUACACCUGCAGAUCCAUCCUAUCAUCAGGAGGAUACGUUGAUCAUCUACGAUAUGAUCUAAAACUAAUCAAAAGCACACACAGACCAACCACAACCAAAGUGAAAGUGUUUUUGACACAUGGAGUAGCAAACACAGCUUGCACAAGCACAUCCAAACCAACGACUACACCAGUGAAAGGAGCAGCCAGCAGCAGCCCAGCAGCAAGGCCCUCAACAUCAACCGCAACCACACACACACUGAACGCUCCUACAGCGGGGGUCCUGCUGCGGGUCCUGGUGCUGCUGGGCUUCUCCGUCCUGACCCUGGUGGUUCUGCUCCGCCUCAUUGGCUGGUGGAGAACCAGAGGUAACAGGGCAGCAACAGAAGAGUGGAUUGGUCUGAACUCUGCCAGCGACGCCCCGCCAGCCAGAGAACGCCUCGGCCCAGGGGCCAGUGACCAGCAGCAGCACACUGUGGAGAUGGACCUGGACUGGGCCCCCAGGGCCCCCUCUGUGGUCCAGCGUGGUGGGAUGAGGGCAGUAGGCUCAGCACAGGACCAAGUGGAUCCUGGUGAACUUAGCGAUGCGGCUACCUAUGAAAACAUGAGGGCCCCUCCCAGAUGUGCUGGGGACACUGCAGACAUGGGCGUCCAUUUUGUCACCGUCCACCAACUGUCAAAAUGACAAACGUCUGGACAACACGUGAUGAAGCAGGGGGAAGCGGUCGGAGCUAUAGCUUGUUGUUGUUGUAUUCAGAUGCAUUAAAACCGACUGAACAAACUUUGUUUCCCUUGGUCCUUAAACAAGCAUUUAGGCCGGACGAAAAUAAUGAAAUUAAUACAAAUUCCAUGAGGCAACAAUUGCUGAAUGCAACUUCUCACAAAUGUAAAUGAUGGGAACAAUUUUUUCAAAUGAGUUUAUACUUUGUCCUUGACAGUGCGCCAGAGACCAAACAGAAUGUAUGAAAAAUAAUCAACGGACCAAUGAACACAAAAGUUUGUAGCCAACCUUUUUGGUGAGGUUAAUAAUAUAAUAAUCGGACUAUUUUAAAGCUCCUGCAUUUAAAAUGUUCUUGCUCUACAAAACACCAUAUUCUGUUUUGCUUUAGAUAUGUAGGCUACGAAUGUAACCAAGAUGUGAUUUGAAUUGUGCAAUAAAAAUAAGAACAUUUCUCCAUUUG